GAGACGUCAGACGAGUUGGAUCAGCUGGGUGAUCAUGAGCUGUAUACUGUGUUGGUUCUAAGAAGUCUGUCGCUAUUAAAGUCGUAGACGCUCCACUUCCCGCUGUUUGCUAAGACAACGGUUCACCUGGGUGACAUAAAAGGUCAUCAUCGUCUGUGAAACAACGAGGAAUAUUAUCAGGAAACCUACGCUACAGAGGAGUUCGUCGUCAACAAAUGUAUAGGCAAACGUACCCCGACGCUCCCGGCAUGCACACCUCGGGCCCGGACAGCCACACCAGGGUCACCUACAGGGACAACCCGGGGUUCUUCAGCAGGGUGGGGAACUCAUUCUGCGGAGCCUUCUUUGGAUUCCUCCUCUUCUGUGGGUCCUUCCCUGUCCUCUUCUGGAAUGAGGGACGUGCAGUACAGACUGCGCAGUCAUUGGACGAAGGUCUGCGCUCAGUGAUCCACCUAUCGACCGUGGACGUCGCUUUUGAGCACAAUAAUCACAAACUGGUGUACUUCACUGGUCCACUCAGCACAGACAAGCCCCUGACAGAUGCUGACUAUGCUAUAACCGUCCCUGCUGUGAAACUGAAGAAACAUGUGGAGAUGUACCAAUGGGUGGAGCAUGAACACACCAAGGAGUACAAAGAGGGGAACCAAGUUCGCAGGGAGACAACCUACACAUACAACAAUGAGUGGAGAUCAGACCUGGUGAACAGCCGAAACUUUGAUCGAGAGAUGGGGCACAAGAACCCUGGGUCCAUGCCAGUCCAAAGCAGAACUAUCACAGCUGAGGAUGUCACCAUUGGAAACUUCCACCUCUCCUCGGGUCUGAUUGGCAAGAUCUCCCAUUUCAAGCAGUACCCUCUAGCCAAGAGUCACCUGGUGCCCUCUGACCCCCAGGUCAAGGUGUUCCAGGGAGCCUUCUACCACUCAGCUGACCCCAUCAGACCUACGGUAGGGGAUGUUCGUGUGGAAUUCAGCUAUGCAGGACUGUCUGCUAACUCAGAGCUGGGACCAGCAGACCAUGUGAGUAUUGUAGCCAGACAGGCUGGGAACAGACUACAGCCGUACCAGACAGAGGCUGGAGAUGCUCUGGAACUGCUGUACUAUGGAGUCCUGUCACCUGAGAAAAUCUUUGAAGCGGAGCAUGCUGCUAACACCAUGCUGACCUGGGCAGUGAGGGUCGGGGGCUGGUUCAUGAUGUUUAUUGCCCUCUUCCUGAUGACUAACAUACUGCAGACAUUGGUUGACUGGAUCCCACUGUUGAGAGAGAUCGUGUCCCUGGGCCUGUUCAUCGUGAACCUGUCCGUGUCGCUCUCUCUGUCCCUCACCACCAUCGCGCUGGGCUGGAUCCGGUACCGGCCCCUGAUUGGUCUGUCCCUGCUGGCCUGCGCGGCGGUGCCAUGGUUCCUCUCACGACAGAGGGCGAGGAAUUUGCGGAAGGAGAAGGAUGACAAGACUGACAACAUCCUCUUCAACAACCUGGAUGAGAAGGCUUACUACUCCAAAUAGUUGGCUUCAUCUCUACAUUCUCCUACGCAAAGACAUCCAACGGCGCCAGCAAACCACCUCUUGUCUGUACUCUGCCAUCUCCA